AUCCUUCCAAUGAACCACAGCUGCAGCGUCCAGACCCUGAGCCCGUUUUCUCCUUACAGCAUGAUGGCCAGGUGGACACUGGCGGUACUCAGGGUCCUGAUGCUGGGCAGGGUCCUGUUUGUCCCAGGGACCCCUAUCCCCACCUUCCAGCCCCUCCCUCGGAACUAUUCGGACACUCUUCCCUACUUGGUGGCCUUGGAGAGCCACUCAGCUGCCACCACAGAGCCCUCGGCUUCUUGGAGCUACUCCAAAGCUAAACCUCACCUGGACACACGUGUCACACUCUCUCUGGAUGUCCCCAUCGGCCUCCUGCGGAUCUUACUGGAGCAGGCCCGGAACAAAGCUGCCAGGGAUCAAGCUACCACCAAUGCUCAAAUACUAGCUCGUGUUGGCCGCCGCUGAGACUGAGGGAAGGGGUCAUAUAGAUGGGGUGACCCUGGAUGGGACAUUCUGGAGGACAGCA